UAAAACAUGGCGGCGACUGUAAGCUAAUAUGUCAAAAACGCGGUAGCCAGGACGUUUCGUCGAUAAGAAGCAAAUAAUCCCAUAUCUGAAUAUUCGCCUUAGACCCAGUAAAACCAGCGGGUUUUUGGAGACGACUGUACUGACUGCGGUUCCAGUAAGGAAAAGGGAUUAAUGGCCACGGCUGCCCUGAGGGGCAAACGGAGAGCUGUGUCAAUGGGUUUACCCUGUGAAAAGGACACGGAGGACCAGCCAACGCCGGUUAACCAUGAGAACGUGGAUUCGGGUGAAGAAGAUCUAGGGUCUUCAGAGCCACAGGAGAUGAGAUCUUCUCAUGAUACACCCAAUACAGGUCAGACUCCCGGUGUGGACCAGGAGAGCUCAUUUCAUACAAAGGAAACCAAAAGGAAACCAGGGCGUCCUGAGGGAAAAACAAGGGUUAAGACACCUGCCAAAAAGAGGAAAACGGAGAUUGUUCCACAGACUCCACCGCAACAUGAGAAUUCUGCAAACGCUGAUACCCCUGAACUAACAGCAAGCGGGCGACCCAAGAGGAGAGCUGCUAAAGCUGCUUUGGAUUAUCUCCACACCCUGGCCAAGCAUUUCGAUCAUCCUUCAGAGGUCUCCACCAAAGAUACUCCCAAAUCUAAAAGCUCAGUCCAGAAGAAGAAACCAGCGAAGGGAAAAGGAAGGGGGGCGAAAAGAAAAGCACCCGAUUCUGACGAUGAUGAUGAGGAUUUUGCCCCAGACGAUGAUCUGGAUGAGGAAGACAGCGAAGAGGAAGUUGACUCCGAGGCAGAAAUUAACUUGGUCAAAGAGUGCAAAAGUCGAACGUCACGAGGACAUUUUCACGGCAUGCUUGCAAAUGGCUUGGCUGCCAAUGCCAUGGGACCUAUUUGGAACAGUUUUCGUAAGAACAAAGAUUUUCGGGAUGAAAACCUCUCCCCCUGGGUAUUUCCAGAGUGGAUACCUUCUGCUAAAGACUGGCAUAUCCUGUCUAACAGCGAAGCUGAGAAAUAUUUACCUCAAGAGAAAAAAUCUGCUGCUUUUACCUUUACGCGAGAAACAUUUAAAGGAAAGACUGAUUUGGAAAGAGUAAAAAGGUUUGAAUCCCUUCCACAUCACAGUGAGCGCUGGGACUCUCUGUUCUUCGUUGGGGGUCCUGUGAGGUCAAUGGAGUGGUGCCCCUGUCCGGACGGGGCGGCACCACGACAGUACGCUGCCAUUUACUGCCACAAGGGCAUGGACGACAGAAACAAAAUCAAUAAGAUGUACACAGGGCCUGUCUUACUGCAGCUGUGGGAUCUUGGAGAGCUACAGUCCAAGAGCAGACCCUCGACCGUUCCUCAUCUAGCGUACGCUCUGGCCGUAGAUGACGGAUGCAUCUGGAAUAUAAAGUGGUGUCCUGCGGGAGCUUGGGAACUGCCCUCCACCAACAGAAAGGCUCCACAGUUGGCGAGAUUGGGUCUUCUAGCUGCAGCUUUCGCUAAUGGAACUAUUGGGGUCUACAGUCUUCCACACCCACAAGCCCUUGCGGCACACCAUCAAAGUAAAGGUGAAGGCAGCAAUGCGCCGCUGAUAUGCCAGGUAAAGCGUGUUCUGACUUUGAAAAUGGGCUCCAACCAGGCAGAUCAUAAAAGCCAAAGUGGCCUGUGUUUUGCGAUGGAUUGGCUCCAUGUCAAACCACACAACCUCCUGGCUGCCGGCUUCAGUGAUGGUGUGGUUGCUUUGUGGGAUCUCUGCAGUAAGUCUUCACUUCUCAAAGUCAGGUCUCCAGAAGGAGGUCUCGUUCUUUACCCGUACAACUGCUUUUUUGCUCACAAUGAGAUGGUCCGGACCCUGUGCUGGUGCAGAGCCUCCAGUACAAUGUUGGUGACCGUCGGUGAUGACCGCAUGGCUAAAGUGUGGGACCUGAAGAAAACCCACACGCCUUUGUUGUCUGUGAAGCGUUGCCUGACCACUGAAGUGUACUGGCCUCUCUUCUGGAGUGGGAUCCUGGUGGCUCAAGAAAAUUGCUAUGCCACGUUUGGACAACAUGGCGUUCAUUAUUUUGAUUCAGGUUACAUUGGAAUAAAGCCUUUCUUUGUAUGUCCGAGAAAAGCCACUGUUUGGAGCAUUUCUAUGACCGAUUGGUUGAAUUCCUUUGUGAUUGGGGACAACGGUGGAGACUGUGUGCUUAGCUUGCUUCCUGACAUGAACGGUGACCCCACCAGCGUCAGACGACGAAGAUAUUCAGUGUAUAGAACCGAUCUGGUCCCGUUUGAACCCGGUCAGCGGGAUGAUGAGAUGGUGAAGGAAGAGGAGGAAGUGGAGAAGCCAAGUUUUCCCGGACAGGAGCCACAGACCUACAAAGGAGCGACCAGAAAGUAUUAUCUUCACUUUCACGACCUGGACCUGGGAACCUUUGCUAAAAGUGAAAGCCGGCCUAUGAUGAAGCACGUGCAGAUACAUGAGAAUAAAGGCAUCGUGAAAGUGGAUCAGAUGCCAUUAAAUGCACUUUACAAGGUCUGUUUCAACCCAAACAUGGAUUCGUAUAACUGGGUGCUGUCCGGCGGUCAGUCGGGUCUGGUGCGUGUCCAUUGUGUACGUGGUCUGAGCAACUCCGUUAUGGUCAAGUUGUUGCAUGAGACUCAAGCUCAAUUCAGCUCCAUGUUUCAAUCUCAGGAGUCUGAGGACUCUGCGACAGCUGUCCGUCACACCACGGCUGACACGGUACAAGUGUGCUAGUCUCCACCCUAACAUCCCCUCAGCUCAGAGAUGGACUUGAUCUGUGAUGUCAUGGACCGAUAUACUUAGCCUGUUAUGUCCAAGAGUUAUAUUUUUUAAUGAUUGAUGACACACCCACUUUUAUCCGCUAACUUAUAUUGCAAGAAGUACUUUGAUGUAAGCCUUUGUGUAUAUACGUACUGUAUCUGUUUUUAUAUUUUUGUGUAUUGACUUUUAAAUGUCAGGCAGAGAUUAAAGCCUUUUGAAAUUGUGUAAAUAUGGUUCUUUUUAUGAGGACUGUGUGGACAAUGAGGUUGUCAGCAUUUAUAGUGCCCGUGUCAUGUUUGAGAACCGAUAUUCUCUGACCGAGUUCGGACCAAUGUUCUAUUAUAAUUUAAACUUCAUUUGAUUGACAUUUAGUCAGAAAUGAUUGACUGUGUUAUUUGCUAACCUGUCUGUCAAUCAUGUCUGGGGUUUUUUCAUCGCUUGAGGCAUCUACUUUAAUUCUGCAACAUUCUUUAUUAUUCGGUCUAUAUACUGUACACCCGUCCACUCAAAGAAUCUCCAUUACCUGUGUUUUUGUCCAUGCAUUCUUUAUA